AUGGGCAUCACAAAGAUUUCCAUGACUUUGUUGCUCUUGGUUAUAAUUGCCACUUCUUUUUCCAACUACAAUGUUUUGGCUUCAGAGAUCAAACCUAUGGGAAGAAUCAGUGAUAUGUGCAAGAAUACUUGUUCUGCAACGUACGGAGACGGUAAAUGUGCGGAUGAUUGUAGGAAAGCUGGAUUCUCAUCCGAAAAAUGUUUAACUUCUUCUCUUUUCGGAAACAAAUGUUGUUGCAACAAGUGA